CUGGAGACCAACACCAGCUUCCAAGCCCCGGAGAAAGUCUAGGCCACGCUGGUCUUACUCGUGGCACACAGGGUCCUCCACCUUCACUGUGGCCCGUGGGAUCUUUCUAGGUGCAGCACAUGAACUCUCAGUUGCAGCAGGUGAGGAAACUGAGGCCCAGAGAGUGACUUGAGCAGGGUCAUCUCCAACAUGCAGAGCCCUGCCAUGAUGUCUCUGCUGCUUGUGUCCAUGGGCCUCAUGGAAGCACUUCAGGCCCAGAGCCACCCCGUCAUACGACGAGACCUCCUCUCUCGAGAAAUGCCCCUAGACAUGGCCCUGGCCUCCUUUGAUGACCAGUAUGCUGGCUGUGCCGCAGCCAUGGCGGCUGCUCUCCCGGAACUCAACCGCACAGAGUUCCAGGCCAACAAAGUGUACGCUGAUGGCUGGGCGCAGGCAAGCAGCCAGUGGCGGGAGCGCCAGGCCUGGGGGCCCGAGUGGGGGGUCAGCCCUACCCGUGUGCGCGCCCCCCUGGGCUUCCGAGAAGAGCACGGGGUGGCCCUCCUGGCUUACACGGCCAACAGCCCCUUGCACAAAGAAUUCAACGCGGCUGUGCGUGAGGCGGGUCGCUCCCGGGCCCACUACCUCCAGCACUUCUCCUUCAAGACACUCCACUUCCUGCUGACCGAAGCCCUGCAGCUGCUGAGCAGCGGCCAGCGCCCACCCCAGUGCCACCAGGUGUUCCGAGGAGUGCAGGGCCUGCGCUUCCGGCCGGCGGGGCCUGGGGCCACCGUCAGGCUAGGGGGCUUUGCCUCUGCGUCCCUGCAGAAUGCUGCGGCCCAGCACUUUGGGGAAGACACCUUCUUUGGCAUCUGGACCUGCCUUGGGGCCCCAAUCAAGGGCUACUCCUUCUUCCCUGGGGAGGAGGAAGUGCUGAUCCCUCCCUUUGAGACCUUCCAGGUGAUCAACGCCAGCAGGCCAGCCCAGGGCCCCUCCCGCAUCUUCCUCCGGGCCGUGGGCAAGCGCAGCACAUACAACUGCGAGUACAUCAAAGACAAGCAGUGCAAGUCUCAGCGCUGCCGUCUGGAUAACUCAGCCGUGGGUCAGAGCCCUCUUUCUGCAGUCUGGUCCCUUCUACUGCUGCUCUGGUUCCUUGUUGGGGAAGUCUUUCCAGAGCGUCUGGGCCUCCUCUAAUCCAUGAGCCACUGAACAGCUCUGCCUGUAGCCUCUGCCCAACACGAGGAUGUCAGCCACACGCGUGCUCUGAGUAUGGCCAAGAUCUGGGGUAACUCCAUCCGCAGGAAACUCUGGGACCUUCUCUGGUGGUUGCCGGGCCUGAUAGCAGGAAGAAGAAAAUGUGGGGACUGAGCCUCUCUCAGGGGUCUAGGAGUCAGAUGCUGAAGAGAGGUGGGGGACUGCAGGACAGGUAAUCACUCAGCUGGAGAUAGAUUAUAGUAGUUGGGGAGAAAAGUACU